AUGACGGAUCAGGACCGGGCGAAGUUGGACGGCAUGUACGAGUGCAUCUUGUGUGCCUGCUGCAUGACCUCCUGCCCCUCCUACUGGUCCACCGGGCCUGUCGCAGAAGCAUCGCUAAUGCUUGUGGCGGCUGGCAUGCAGCGCCAGGCCUACCGCUGGAUCGCGGACUCGAGAGAUCAGUUCACCGAGGAGCGGCUUGCAUGGGUCAAUGACACCAUGAAGCUUUACCGUUGCCAUGGCAUCAUGAACUGCACGAACUGCUGCCCGAAGGGCCUGGACCCAGCGAAGGCCAUCGUCCACCUGAAGGAGCAGGUGGCAGAAACCUACAAGGACGGAUGGAAGUCCAUGAUGACGGAGCAGAUUGUCAAGAACAAGGGCCGCGAGUCUGGCAUGAUGUACAUGUGA